UCUGUUCUACUUGCUUCAUUUCAACCAAAUAAAAAACAAAAUAAAAAUGAUAGAAUUAAUCAGUCGACGGCAUUUAGAAUCAUUCGUCUCCGUUUUCGUCACAGUCCACCCUCAUGAAAUCUCUGCUUUGCUCCAUUCUUCUUCAUGCUUCUUCUUUAUUUUGAGUGCUUAUUUUGUGGUGCUGCCAUUAAGGGAUGAAGGAGCAAUUUCAUUGGGCUUAUCCAAUUUGCCUGGAUUGUUUGUUGGGUCCUUAGUGUUGACUUUGAUAGCUGCUCCUAUUUCUACUCUUAUCUUCUCUUUGCCUAAUCUUUCCAAAGUCAGGGCGUUGGUUUUUAUACACAGGUUCUUUAGUGUAUCACUUGUUGUGUUCUUCAUCCUAUGGCAUAUUUCAUCAAUAGAGCCUUCACAAUCCAAUUCAAAGAAUUCACUUGGGCUUUCCACCGAACUUAAAGUCGCUAUCGAUCAAGACAGCCCUAUUGAUUCUAGAGGUUGGGGAAACCAUGGUUGGUUGUAUGUUUUAGUUAGAAUUGGAUUGUUCCUCUGGGUUUCCCUGCUUAAUCUUAUUACAAUAUCUUCAACUUGGGCUAGAGUAAUUGAUGUCACAGAAUGUGAGUCAGGGUCAAGAUUGUUCGGUUUCAUUGGUGCUGGUGCUACGCUUGGCCAGCUCUUUGGGUCUUUGUUUGCCACAGGAAUGGCUUGGCUGGGGUCAUUUCUUCUCCUAUUUGCUGCUGUUUUAAUGGAACUAGCAGCACAGUCGUCAAAAGGGAUCAACAGGGAUAUAGUUCUUAUCCCUGAAGAGUUAUCUCCUAUCGGAGCUGACAUGGAUCAACCAAAAGAUGAUGAUGAUGAGCAAACUGCAUCAACUGUCGAAGUUUCUUCUCCUGAACUAUCUACCACUCCUGUGAAGCCUCAGCUUUGGGCUAUCUUAGAUGGAUUGCGGCUCAUAUUGUCAUCAACCUAUUUGUUGCAUGUGUCAUUGUUCCUCUGGUUGAGUUCAGUUGUCUCCUCUUUCUUCUAUUUUCAGAAAGUGAAUGUCAUUGCCAUGACAGUUGCAAGUUCGGUUGGAAGAAGAAGAUUGUUUGGCCAAAUAAAUAGCUUAAUUGCUGUUUUUAUCCUCACAGGACAACUUACCUUAACGGGGCGGAUUCUUACCUUUGCUGGGGUUACUACAGCUCUAUGUUGCACUCCACUUGUUUCCUUAGCUAAUCUGGUUGCAGUUGCCUUAUGGCCAACUUGGACAGUAGUUGCCAUUUCCGAGACUCUAAGAAAGGUGGUCAAUUAUGUUGUAACCAAGCCCGGAAGAGAACUCUUGUUUACCGUUGUUUCUGAGGACGAGAAAUACAAAGCUAAAAUAUGCAUAGAUGUAAUCGUCCAGCGACUCGGGGAUGCUACGGCAGCCGGUAUAUACAAACUACUUUUCACCAGGCUCAACGGGCGAAUAUCAACAGUUUCUCUCUAUGCACUCCCUGUUUGUUACUUUGGAUUAUCACAGCGUUUUAUUUAGGACGCCAUCAGACACAUUUAGCGAAGCUCCAAGUUGGAUCCUCUUGUUGAAAAUUUUCUGAAACAUGAUUUGUUGUACGUUUCUCCGUAAAUUGAAGAAUGAGCAGGUCUAGAUCCUUACAUAUGUCAAAUCAUUGCCAGAUGUAACAUAUUCUACGAGCCGCUCGGAUCAAAGCAUUUGCAGAAAGGAAGUGCUAUACAAGUGGACUACUAUACGAGUCUUAUUUUUAUAUUU